UGACUGACCUGACAGCGUGCUCUACACACAGGUGGUUACUGAGCUAGUUCUCGGGAUGAGGAAGAGCUACUGUUUCUACACGAUACCAUGAUACGCAGAGCUAGGCUCAGCUUUAAGCCUAAUGUCAGGCCGGGAGGCCGAGGUCCUUCUUUAAGUGGUACGGGAGCCGAGCGAGAGGCUAUCGGAGGUGGAGCUCCUGAGAAUGAAGAGUCGAAGAAGGGUAGCACCACAGCUAUCGAGAUCAUCACCAAUUCCCCGGCCGUGGAGCUCAGCACUGGGCAAGAGAGCGGAGAAUCACAGUCCCUAGAAAGUACAGGCCUACAAGAAAAGACCCUGAGUGUCAGCACUGAAGAUAAACCAAGCUUAACUACACAUACACCUCUUCAAAGAAGGAAAAGAAUUUCAACGUUGCCUAAUUUGGCAAAACCAAGGGUUUCCAAUUCUUCUGUUAGUAAUGCUUCACAGAAGGACUCUAAGGUUGAAGUCCAUCCACCACCACCACCACCAAUCGUUAAUGCUUCACUUCAAAAGAAUGACGCUGCUGAGUCAGAGAAGAAAACGUUACAGAGUACUGUAAAGUCCUCCACCCCUAAGGAUCCCUCUCAAGGACUGCACCAUUCUCUUCCUGAAAAAAGGACUCCUGUGCCUCAAAUUCCCCAAUAUUCUCCUUUCAAAAAACCUGUUUUUAAAUAUCCAGAAACAACCCCUUCUAAAACUGCUGAGUCCCUCAGGAAGGACGAACAGUGUCCUCUUAAAGAGAUACCCUCACAGGAAUCUUGUAUCAAUGAGAAAUACUUGGGUAUCACACAAACUACUCCUGUGAAGAAAAAGGUUUAUAAUUUGGAACGUGAGCGACUUAGGAGAGCCCAAAAAUUAAGAGAGCUGCUUAAAGAUGAACUAAGGAAAGAAAAGAAAGCCUGGAAGGAGAAACAUCCUGUUAUUAGCACAAAAGUAGAUCUAGAACGCUCCAAAAUGGUUAUGCGCGACUUUGUACACUUCAUCCCAUCAAGUAAUCCUAUGAGCUCUCCUAUUGAAGAAAAGAAAACCAAUGAAAAGUCUCCUGGAGAAUCACAAAACAGUGUAUCAGAACAAAAGAACACUCCAAAUGAGGAUGAAGACUUUCCAGAUGAGGAGGACAAUAACAGCCAGCUAGUAGUGCCUCGUGUGAAAGUAGCAGAAGAUGGGACCAUUAUUCUCGAUGAAGAAAGCUUAACAGUGGAAGUGAUAAGAACAAAAGCUGCAGUGGUUGAGAAUGAUGACCCGAUUUUUGAGCGAGGCUCUAUGACUACUUACUCGAGCUUUCGAAAACACAAUUACUCUAAGCCGUGGUCAAGCCCAGAAACAGAGAUGUUCUUUUUGGCCAUCAGUAUGGUUGGGACAGACUUCUCAAUGAUUGGUCAGCUUUUCCCUCACAGAGGUAGACUUGAGAUCAAGAACAAGUUUAAACGUGAGGAACGAGCAAAUGGCUGGAGGAUAGACAAGGCUUUUAGAGAAAAAAAAAAGUUUGACAUUGAAAUAUUUGCUGAACUCCUUCAAAAAGCACUGGCAGAAGUAAAGAAAAAGAGGUCUCGGCCUAUUAAAAAGACCAACGAAAAAAAGACUACAAAACCACGGAAAAAACAAAAAGGUAAACAAACUGAUGAGCAGGAGAACCUUGAUGAUCCUGAUGCAAUUGGCUUGUCAGAAGCUGAUGCCAUGACAGCAGAGAAGGAGAAUGAGCAGUCUCUAGAUGCCACUGAAAGUCCAGAUGUUUCAGGUUGUGCUCCUGUGAAAAAGAGAGUACGGAAGAAAAAAGAUAGCAAAGUAAAAGAGGUAGAUCAACUAGAAUGUCCGAGUGGGGAACCUAAAAUUGCAAAAAAGAAAAGAAAAUCCAAAAAGAAAGAUAAGCAUACGGAACAGAAGAACAUUGAUGCUGAUGGCGGGACAGCAGAUAAGGAGAAUGAAAUGUCUCUAAGUGCGCCUGGAAGUUCAGAAGCUUCAGAUUCUGCUCCUGUGAAAAAGAAGAGAGCACGGAAGAAAAAAGAUAGAAACAAAGAGCCAGAAGAAGAUCAAAUAGAAAUUCAGCCAAAAAAGAAGGAAAAGAAAUCCAGCAGAAAAAGAAAAGAGAGUAGCCCAAAUAAUCCUAGUACAGCAAAUGCCUUUGAACAAGAUUUAGAAAAUGAUGAAGUCUUGUGUGCUGAAGAACCAUCUUCUCCCAAGAUGAACCCUAAGAAAAAGAGGAAAACAAAGAAAAAGAAACUUAACACUAUUGAGUCAGAAGAAGAGGAACAUGUGGAUAUGUCACCGGUACCAAAAAAAAAAAGCAAACUCAAAACCAAUGAAAUAGUCAAUGUGAGCGCUGAUGCACUGGAAGAUCAUAUGGAGUAUGAUGAUGAUGUUUUUGAAAAUGCAGAAAGUAGUACAUGUGGGCAAAUGGAGGAGCCUAUCUGUGGAAGUGAAGUAACCCUUGUCAACACUGGGAGCAGCAGUGCUACUGAUGAGUUAAAUAGCAUACAAGAGAAGAUCCUGAAUACAGAAGCUCCUGAUUCUGAUCAUAUGUCGGAUGGACCACUUGCUGAUCAACUAAAAUCAGAAGGAGAAAGCUAUGAUAAUAAUAAUGUUGAGGUUCAAAAUAUAAAGUAUCAAGAUUCGGAAGAUGCAACUUCUUCUACAGUUCAAAUUCCUCCUCAGGCGCAUGAUUCUUGUGCGGAACAUAGCGAAUCGGCACCAUUGCUUCAUGCAGAAACCUCUUCUCUACAAGGAGAUAUUGAAAAGGAAACUACCAUUACAGAGCCUGUCAUUGAGGUGAAGUCCUUCCCGUCAAUAAGAGGUCGCUUAUUAAGACCUAAACCAAAUUUAGCCAAGGUGGUUGGAAACCGAAAAGCUCCUGCCCAUGAACAGCCUACAGAAAUAGAUCAACCUACUGUAAAUUCACAAGAGAUUGAUGGCAAACUUCUUUCACCCAAUGUACCUCAUGACAGAGAAACUCCAUUAGGCCACGCAUCAGAGGAAGAAAACAAGUCCCAAGUUUCCUGUGAUUCUAAGGGUGAAUGUAAAAAAUCCCCAAUAAAACCUGCAGUACUGGCAAGAAACAGACUCUUAAGACCAAAACCUAAUUUAACAAGGACUCCUGCAAGGGCAGAUAAACUGGAAGCCAACAAGGACCUGAAGGAAGUAACAAACAUGGCAGAGGAUGGACAUUCCAGUGAGAUCCACCAGAAGAACACGUCUUUGUUAGAAAAAAGCAUAGAGCAAGAAAAUGAAGUUUCUCUACAAGAUGAAAACUGUCAGCAAGUUAAUAUCUGUUCAGUUCCACCAACUCCUACCUCAACCAGUUGUAGCGCAGGAGGUUCUGAUACUGGCAAUACUGAUGCAGGAUAUUUGGAACAAAGCGACACCACCAUGGAAAUUUCCGCAAAUGAGGCCCCUACUUCUCAGGAGCAGUCUCCCAUUAAACCCGCACCAUUGAAAAGGGGUCGGUUCCAGAGACCAAAACCUAAUUUAAUGAAGGCUUCUUCUAGGACAGGAAAUCCGGUAGCCAGAGAUGAUAUCAAAGAGCAUGAAGAACAAGACAUGCAAAUCUGCCAAGAAGUUAACUGUACACAAGAUUCUUCAUUAGAGUCGUAUCCCCAAAAUAUCUGCUCAGAGCCGCCAGUGGCGGAACAGCCAUGCAAUGAAAAGAACAACACUUGCCUUGGAGACUUGAAGGAAGAAGGUCACACAACACAGAGUUCUCUUGCUACAGAGGAGAACCAGGAUUCUCAAGAGAAUAAUAAAUCUGAAGCACUGAAGCCAGCAUUGCUAAAGAGGGGAAGACUUCAGAGACCAAAACCCAACAUAGCAAGAGCAUCAGUAAAGAGAGAUGGGCUGGUACCAUGUGAGGCAACCAGGGAAGAAAUAAGCGGGUUUGAGAUAAAGGAUUCAAAACUUCAUGAAGAUGCCUCUUCAAAUACAUUAAAGUGUAAUGGAAACAAUGCAUCUCCCAUAAAUACUGUUAAAGAAAACUCCUUGUCGUCAUGUAUCUCAAUAACAUUGAAAGAUGUCAAGCAAGGAUCCAGUUCUCCUGAGCUUUCUUUACCAAAUAUAGAGCUGGAUAAUGAUGAUGUCUCUGCUUCAAGUUUGGUUGAGCCCCCUGUGGAGAACACUACUCAGACAUCUGUUGUCAUGGCAGAGGAGAAUGAUUCUCAAGAAGAUAAGAAAUCGUCGCUGAAGCCAGCAUUGCUGAAGAGGGGUCGAUUUCAGAAGCCAAAACCCAACAUUGUAAGAGCAUCAGUAAAGAGAGAUGGGCUGGUACCGAGUGAGGCAACCAAAGAAGUAAUGAGUGAGUCUGAGCACUUUAAGAAUGAAGACAAAAAUACAUCAGGUGCCAUAAAUAGAGACAAUGAAAGUUCAACAGUAUUACAGUGUACUAAGGAAGAAUUCCAUUCUCCUGAGUUGUCUUCAAGAACUCCAGGGCAGGUUAAUGAUGACGACUCUUCUUCGAGUCUAAUUGAGUCGUCUGUGGAUAAUAGUACUCCAACAUCUAUAAAAGAGGAAAUGUCCUCUCAGGAAAAUGAAAGUUCUGAAUCGUUAAAACCUGCAGUGUUCCAGAGAGGCAGGUUCCAGAAACCAAAACCCAAUAUAGGUAGAGUAGCUACAAGAAAAACUGUGCACUCUUCACUUGAUGCUGCUAAAAAUGAAGCAUGUAAGGAUGGAAAAGAGCAAGAGAGUGAUCACAUCACAGUGGCCACCCAAAUGGAACACACUAACUUGGAUAUUCUCAAUAAACCUCAGGAGCACCUGAAAAUUGCAGAUGUCAAACCCAUUACAGAUGUGCCUAUAUCACCUCUUUUACCCAGUGUGGAUUUAACUCCCACCCCAGUGGAACAAAAUGAUCAACCAUUUCUUAGUAAAAGUGUAAUUGAAAAUUUUGAAGAAACCGCUAGUCCUAGUAGCCCACAGCAGUUGACGCCAAGCGGACGUCUUCAGCGACCCAAACCAAACUUGAUCAGAGCAAAUGGAAGGAAAGCAACUUCCUCUCCAACUGGCACCACCAGUGAUCUAAAGGUCUUAAAAGAUUCCCAAACACUUUCAAUAUCGGUCAACGAGGACAUGUCAGCUGAUGCAUGUAAACCAGUUAAUUCUCCCAAAACCUGCAGCACUGAAACUAUAGAGAACAUCAUUUCUACUGGUGAAGUUUCUGAGCCUGCUGCAAGUAAUGAAGAAAGUAAUGUUAGCACCAUUAUCAAACCUGCUCAGUUACGAAGGGGGAGGUUAGUGAGACCAAAGCCAAACCUAGUAAAAGCAGCAUCAAGCAGGAGAGAGACGCAAGUGGAGGACAAAUUGACAACACAAUCAGAUACUGUUAAAGUUGUUUUAAAUGAAUCUUUGAGACAGCCUGUGUCACCUUCUCCAAUCACACAAAGAUUUGAUGAAAGACGCUCCAUAGAGGUGCCAGGUUCCCCUUCAGUCACCAAAAGGAAAUCUGACGAUGAGUGUAAUUGGGAAGCAUCUCCUAGAAGAAGCCAUGCCUCUAACACUGAACAAAAGUCACCUUGUUUGUCUGUGCAUGAGCUGGACAGUUCCUCUGGGAUCUCAGUUGUGAAUACAGAUAGUACACGUACACCCCAGCGCAGCAGAUUUGGACGACAGUUGAAUAAACCAUUACAGGAACCUAAAGCUGCAGAGCAUUUGCCAGACCCCCCAGAAAAAGAAAAGCCCUUAAGAAAUGUCAAGACAAGCAAAGCUAAAGUCAUAAAGCCACUUGUAAAGAAAGGAAGGACGACCUUGGUGAAGCUGCGAGCCUCUGAGAGGGAAGAGGAAGAGGACGAUGAAACUGAAGAAGUCUUUGAAGAAGAAAGUUAUAAUCUUUCCCCUGAUAAAGUGAACCAAGCACCUGUUUUUGUUCCCUUUAGUUUGAGGUCGCCAAAACCUGUACCUGCUGAAAUUGAAGAGACUGUGGAGGAGCUUGAAAUACCAGUAGAGGUUUUAGAUGUGCAGACACAAAUGGAAUAUGGGCAUCAGGAUUCUACGGAGUCUUACUUGUCAUGCAAUGCAGAAAUCUCUCCGGCAGUUCCUGCUAAUGCAGACUGUAGCGAUGGAAGUGCUGAAGCUGCCAUGACAUUGAUCUCUAUGGGACAUCCUGUCGUACAGCCCAGAUCAGCUGUUAAGGGGAGUUCUGAGUGUGCCACAAACAGUUUGGCUUUUAACAUUGAAGGUCCCAGUGGGCAGAAGCAGCUGAUGAUUAACCACAGUCCAACAUACGCCAGAUCUAGCAAUGAAGAACUUGCAUCAGAAGAGACAACUGAAAUUGGUGAAUUUAACAUAGAAGGAAAAAGUACUUCACCUUCAAGGUCAGUGGAAAAUGGCCACCAUCCUCUGGGCCUACAAACUGGGAGUAGAUGUCUUGCUAAAUCCGAGGAAGAAGAGCCUGGCAUCUUUGUGCUUGAAUGCCUACCUUCCCACACAUCCCAUCAGGGUCUACCUGUGCAGAACACGGCUCCCAUAACUACAAAUUGUUCUGAACCAUUUAGCCAGUGUAAAAGUACAAGUGAGCAAGGAGAUUCGCAACAGGAUUGCACAGAGGCCCUCAAAGACGAUAUUUCAGUUGAUUGUCCUCCAGAAGAAGCAACAUUUAUUUUAACUCUAGUGGAAAUCCCUAUAAAUCCUGAAUACCCUUAUUCGUGUGAUUCGCUCAGUGCUGAGGAGCCUCUUCCUGCACCUGUGUUAAUCAGCCCGGUUUCCUCUGAAGAAGUAACACAAGAUCAGAGUACUGAACCCGCUUCAGCUGCAGUUCCUGAUUCAGAGUCCUGCUCCACCAUCUGCGUUGAAGAAGACUCUGUGUGGUCAUUAAGUCAAAUAUCAAGAACAAGAAAUUCUAGUGGAAGUGAUGAGAUUCCUCCUACACCUUGCAAGAAACCUUCUGAAGAUGACAAUAUUAUGGUUUGUAAAGAAGACGACGACGCUACAGAAAAACGAGCUGAAGAAGGAAAUGUUUACUCUUUACAAGAGGUCUCAUUGGGAGAAAUUUUGCCAGAAACGGAGAAGGAAACCUCUCAGGACUUAUUUCAGAAUCAGGAUUUCCCUGAGGGAGAAAGAAACAAUUGUGGCUCGCUUGAUGAAAGCGAUAAAUUGUUAAAAACACCCGAAGGAGUUUAUAGUAAACGACAGGACUGGAAAAGCUUUAGUAAAACUAGUACACCUAGUACAAGUACAGCAUCGCCUUCUAAAGCAGCAUUAAAAAGGCCUGGAAGAAAGCUGUUAGGUUUCUUACCUUUGGUUUGUAAAGACAAGAAGCCUAAGAAAGUUCUAAAUAAGAAGAAAAAAAAUGCAAGAAAGCCAAAUUGUAAAUUGCCCUCUAAAACCAAGAAAAGCAUUCAGGAUCCAAGCCAGGACACCUCAGACAAACAAGUGCCUUCUGUGUCUGCAGAUUCCUCCUCCGCUAUUAAAGAAGCUCUAUUGCAUGAGGUUUCCAAUAAUCAGGAAGUGGAAAUCAAAGAAGAAUCCAUUUUGGGGGAUGUUGCUUCAGAAGAAGAAGAAACCACUGUUUCUGAAUAUUUUUUUAGUGAUAUCUUCAUGGAAGUAGAUGAUUAAAAUUGUUCUUAAAUUGAGAGAAUCGACACCACUUAAGUGACCUGUUAACUAGGCUUUCAUUAUUCUUUAGGAACCUUUUUAUUGACGAUAUAUAUCCAUCAUCUCAUGGAUAGUAGAAAUAGGCAUAGAUUUAUCCUCCUUUUAAGAAAACUGUGUACAGUAACAAUGUGAAAUAGAUAUAUUUAUUUAUUUAAACUUAAUUUAUUAAUUCCUCCUGUGCUGGAGGGGGCAAAAGGCUGCUACAAAUUGCUGUGCAAUGCGUUAAAGAUCAUGAAAAUCCCGAUUAUAUUUUAAAUGGGAAGUUAUUUUCGUGCAGAUACUCAUGCAGGACCAUCAUGGUGGUAAAUGUUUUAAUACCUUUUUUUGAAAGGGUUUAGCAGUUUUGUUGUGUAAAACAAAAUUGCUUUAGUUGCUGAAUAACAAUUUUUUAUAUAUAUUAAACUCCAUAAACUUGGAGCUUCAGAACAUGUUUUGAGGUCUGUUUUCCCCCUUUUUUUAUUUAUUUGUUACAAUCCGCUAUAUUAUUGGCACUUGUCAAAUGCAUUUAAACAAGAGCGGUAUCUCUGGCAUGGAGUAGAGCAAGCAGCGUGCGGCUUUAAUAUAAUGUAAUUUCCAAUUAAAUCAUUAGGACACAGAGGAGCAAUGAAUUUACAGGAUAAUUUUAUUUCUCUAAUCCUCACUUUUACUUAAGCAGACAUUCUUAUCAAUAAAUCAUCCUUAUUCAUUAUAGCAAAUAGUUUUUGCUUUAGCCUCGUUAUUUAUGCUUUUUUUUCCCCCCAGCUAAAUUCCGCUUCAGGUGCUCAUUACAUCUGCAGUGGCUGGUGAUUGUCUACAUGCGUUUACCACUCCAAUUUUGUGCGAGUGACCUACAGCUUAAAUAUAGCACUCUGAUGCUUCAGACAGAGCUAGCAAUUUGAAAACAACUUUCCCAUUUACGUUCUCUUUUGUUGAGCAGCAUACCUAAGUAGGCUCAAGAUUGUGAAAAUGUCUGGAGCACUAUGUGUAAGCAGUUUUGCAGUAAUGCUUAAAACGUGCACACUCCUGAGCCUACUUAGAUAUGCUCUUCAACAAAUGAUACCAAGGGAACAAAGGAAAUUUGAUAAUGGAAGCAAAUUGUGUGGUGUUUUUUCACACAUUGCUUGCUUUCUCUGAAUCAUGAACAUUUCACUUUGAGCUUCAUAUCCCUUAAAGGAGCUGCAGUGUGUUGCGGACUUAAGCUAUGUUUUAAAGUCUUUUUGGGGGUUAAACUUCUAGCUAACAAGGGACAAUAAUUAAAAAAAUAACAUACUCCAGCGAAUCAUGUCAUUUUAUUUUAUCAGGAUGUCCCCGUAAAGGGAUAGUAAACGACAACAUUUUCUUUUAUGAUUCAGAUAGAACAUACAAUUUUAAAAAAAUUUGCAAUUUACGUCUAUUAUCAAAUUUGCUUCAUUCUCUUGUUAUCCAUUGCUGAAGGGACAGCACAUUUGAAAAUAGAAGUGACUUUAAAAGUGUCUUAAAAUUACAUGCUCUAUCUGAAUCAUGCAAAUUUAAUUUUGACUUUCCUAUCCCUUUAAGCUUUGGUUUGUAAUUCAGAACCCUUAUUUUCUUCUGCAUUAUAGGUAUAUAAAUUGCAAGAUUUUGUGUUUCUAUUAAAAUUAAGGUUUUUUCUUUUAUGCUAGACGUGUCCAUAGAACAUUUUUACUAAGCAACAUUUUUCCAUGUAAUAUAUGUUGAACUAAUCUUUUAGUCAAACCGCACGCUCAACUACUGCAAUAAUGCUCCAGCAAUUAUUAGCUAAGUUUUUCCUUUAAACACUACAAAGUCCUAAAAAGAGAUUUUUUUUUUCUCACAUCCUUAUCUGCAAUAGUGUCUGUGUUAUUGUAGAAUGACCUUCAUGUAUGAUGAGUUGUGUUUUCUAAAUAUUAAUCUACUCCUGCUUGUAGAUAUCUGUAUACUAUUGGUUGUCACACAGUUUACUGUAACCAUUCACUGGUAGGUUAAUCAGAAUAAAUCUCAUUUUUUGGAAUACUUUCCAUUUUUAAUGUAUUCUCUCCUUAUCUUAGCACAGAUACCAAACUAUAGAAAUAUAAUUUGAUGUUACAGGCUGAAGACUGCAGCUACAAAUGAUUGAACAAAAAGGAACAUUAUAAUUUGCCUGGUGUAAAUAUGGUCCAAUCUCAAAAUGCCUUUUGUUUGGUUUUUAAGAUCAUUGUGUAAAUCAUGUUAAAAUAUUUUCUUAAUUAAAAACAAAAUGUCAGUUUCA